AUGCCUGCAGAGUUUGACGAUGUGCUGCUCAACCAGCCCGUCGUGCUGGAUGGAGGUUCGGGAACUAUCAAAGCUGGCUUUGCAGGAGAAGAUGUGCCCAAAUGCUUCUUUCCUAAUUAGUGAGUCAUCAUGCGGAGCAAUGUGUGGGGCCCCGAGGGCGACGCGAAUCUGGGGGUCCGAAGGAAUACCAUCGGCAAGGUAGCGGUUGACUAGUGUGCAUGCGCUUCGCGAGGCAGACAAAGGCGGGCUGCGCGAGGUACGGGAGAUCUACGUCUGGCAGGUCCCCCCUCCAAGCUGCAAUUGCGCUGGUCUUUUGGGGCCGCACGUACGUUUCAGCCUCUUUGCGACUCUUCUGACAUUGAUCACUUUUACACACAGUGUUGGCAGGCCCAAGCAUCCCAGAGUCAUGGCAGGCGCAGUCGAGGGAGACUUGUUCAUUGGCAAAAAAGCUCAGGAGUUGAGGGGAUUGCUUAGCGUCAGGUAUCCAAUGCAGCACGGAAUCGUGACAGACUGGGACGAUAUGGAACGCAUUUGGCACCACGUCUACACCAACGAGCUCGGCACGCUCAGCGAGGAGGUGAGCGUUGUGCGGGCAGGGGCAAGGUGCUCUUGGGCGUUGUGCUGACACCGAAUGCGUGCGACUGUGCGCCCCGCCGGCAGCACCCCGUGCUGCUCACAGAGGCGCCGCUCAAUCCUCGGUCCAAUCGAGACACGGCGGCUCAAGUGUUCUUUGAAACGUUCAACGUGCCGGCCAUGUACAUCAGCAUCCAGGCAGUGCUCAGCUUGUGAGUCGUGCUGGUGGGCUCCUUGGGAGGCCGCGUCGGGCACUGACUCGAUUGGUCCUCCUGAACAGGUACUCGUCAGGGCGAACAACAGGCAUCGUGUUGGACUCGGGUGACGGAGUGACGCAUGCGGUGCCGGUAUAUGAGGGGUUCAGCGUGCCACACGCGAUCAGGCGCAUAGAUGUGGCCGGUCGGGACGUGACCGAGUCGUUGCAAUUGCACCUGCUCAAAGCUGGCUACGAUCUGCACACGACGGCGGAAAAGGAAGUUGUCAGGUUGAUCAAGGAGAAAUGCUGCUAUGUUGCGCCGAGCGAUACGUCCAAGGAGGAAAAGGAUCCGAAACCGAGCGAAGAGUUCAGAUUGCCGGACGGGAAUGUGAUCAAGGUGCGCAAAAAACGCGUUUGAACGCAAGAAUCUGACGAUUGUUGUUGCUGACGCUGCCGCCGAUGCUCACACAUCGCGCGCCCCCCUUCAGCUCGGACCGGAACGAUUUAGAGCGCCUGAAAUCCUCUUCAACCCUUCGCUGGCCGGCUUGGAAUACCCUGGAGUACCUCAAAUGAUCAUCGACUCUAUCAACCGGUGCGAUUUGGACCUGCGGCAAAAUCUCUACGCCAGCGUUGUGCUCAGCGGCGGAAGCACGCUCUUGAAAGGUGCGCAGUGACCGUGAACAAAUCCGUGGUCCCUUCGAGCUGACGUGCGAUGCCAUGAUCUCGCACAACAGGAUUCGGAGAGAGGUUAUUGACGGAGACGAAGAGGUUGGGAGUGAAGAACUCCCACAUCAAGAUCUUUGCGCCGCCCGAGCGAAAGUAUGCUACGUGGAUAGGUGGAAGCAUCUUGGCUGGUCUGAGCACCUUCAAAAAGGUCAGUCGGUUGGUCGGCGGGUACGAUUUGGCUCUUAGCGCCGCGUUGACUUGCGCUGACAUUUCACACAUCGUGCGUUUGCAACGCACAAAUCGCAGAUGUGGAUCUCUGCAGAAGAAUACACGGAAGAUGGAGAUGUGGUGCAUCGAAAGGUGAGAGUUUUAUCUCAACUUCAUCAUUGGCGUGACGGGCCGACGAACUCGUCGUCUUUUUGCACCCAUCACAGACGUUUUGA